AUGGUUCAAGAGACGUCCCAAAUCCCUGGACCCCCACCGGCUGGGCUUGGGGCGAUUCCACCACUCGGGGAGCUUGAAAAGAGAAUUGUUGGACAAGACCCAUCAUAUAUGUACGACCGUACAGUUAGUGCAUCUAGUAUGCCCAUUGCUAAAAACGAAGAGGAGGGGGGGGCGAGAGGAGGAGAAAAAGUGAGGAAGGCGAGGAGAGAGAGGAAGGACAGUGUGGUGGUGGGAGCGAUCGAAUGUGAUAGUCUGACCUGUGGAAGGUUUAUCCCGACGAGACGGGCAAGGCCAGAUCCCGGGUCCAUGGGACCAAGUGCCUCUGUACCUGGACCGACUAGCUGGUUAACUAUCGCUAGAAAACUUGAUAGUUCUCCAGACACACACACACACACACAAAUGCACGGGGAAAUAAUAUUUUAUGAUGUGGCAAUAUCUUGGAUGGAUCUUAUACGAUCAGGCUCGAUCGAAAUGCGUACAUCUGUCGCACAGUGUAAAGAUGACUGA